GGUUUGUAUCAGGCUGGUGAUGAUUGCUUGUUAUUGUUGUUCGUGUCAUUGAUGGUGGCCGUGCUGGACGGAGUCGGUGUGAAUGUUGUGCGCUCUGCUGCGACGAUACAGGCAACAACGCUAGCAAAUCUAUAGCAAAGUAGUAAAGCGUCUGCGAAUCGAAGUGUCGUGCAAGUGAAUAGUUGGUCUCAAUUGUUUUUCGCUACUAUCAGAUCGUUCGUUCACAAACUGGAUCCGCUUCUAAAUAUUUAAGCAUCCAUUAAAACGCUCAACCAGCGAAGAUUGUUAGUGUUAUUUGCGAGAUUAUCCUGGACGAGACAAUCCUACUUUCAAGGGCUCGCGGCCAUGGCCUCGUCGCCAGGCUCCACGCCCCGGAUAAUGGUCUUCAGGCCGACCCUUGAGGAAAUGAAGGAUUUUUCGAAGUAUCUGCAGUUUAUGGAAAGUAAGAAUGCUCAUAAGGCCGGCCUUGCCAAGAUUAUUCCACCUUCAGAGUGGAAACCUCGCCGGAGGCCAUAUGAUUCUCCUGACAUUAUGAACAUGGUUAUACCAGCUCCCAUACAACAAGAGGUACAUGGAAGUGGAGGACUUUAUCAACAGUACAAUAUGCAGAAGAAGAAAAUGACUGUAGCAGAGUUCAAAAAGUUAGCUGAAUCGCCGAAGUAUGCUCCACCUCCAUAUUUUGAUUAUGAAGACCUCGAACGGAAAUACUGGAAGAACAUUUCUUUCAACCCACCAAUCUAUGGGGCUGACGUAUCCGGGAGCAUAUACGACGAGGGAGUCAAUGAAUUCAACAUCUCACGACUCAACACAAUCUUGGAUCUAAUCGGGGAAGACUAUGGCGUCAAAAUAGAAGGAGUCAACACAGCGUACCUCUACUUUGGAAUGUGGAAGUCCACCUUUGCCUGGCACACUGAAGACAUGGACCUUUACUCAAUUAAUUACCUACACCAUGGAGCUCCGAAGAGCUGGUAUGCUAUUCCGCCGGAGCACGGAAAACGUUUAGAACGCCUUGCUGCUGGUUUCUUCCCAAAGCUGGUGAAAACUUGUCCAGCUUUUCUGCGGCACAAGAUGACGAUAAUAACUCCAGCGUUGCUAAAGAAGUACUCGAUUCCGUACGACAAAAUCACGCAAGAAGAGGGCGAGUUCAUGAUAACGUUCCCCUAUGGGUACCACGCAGGUUACAAUCAGGGCUUUAACAUUGCCGAAAGCACAAACUUUGCUUUGCCUCGCUGGAUAGAGUAUGGGAAAAGAUGUACUCAGUGCCAUUGCCGACAGGACAACGUGCAUAUAAGCAUGGAUCGUUUUGUCCUCAAGUUCCAACCAGGACGCUACGAGGCGUGGAAAGCCGGUCGGGACAUGGGCUGUCAUCCCGAAGAUCCGUCAAGGGUAUAUGCCGCACCUUUGCCCAUUACAUAUCUCUCUGCAGAUGGUAAAUCUAAACGAAUACCUUCUGUUGUUUCGAGGCGUCUACCACCGGCUGACGGUGAAGCCUGUGUACUAGAGGAGGAGGCUGCGAAAAAACGAAGUGGAUCUAGAGAUAGAACAACUGGCAAAGGUAGAACGAAGCGAAUACGAACGUCAAUAGAAGCAGCAAAUAUGAAAAAGCACUGUCAGCCUCUGUUCGUUAAAGUGGAACGUGUUGAAGAAACCGAUGCUGAAAUCGCUGUCGCUGUACGCCAAGCGGUUGAUAGACUCGUCUUUAACGUGGCACAAACGGCAGGCCGACGCAAGCUUAAAAACCUGCCGGACUGGGUGUUGGGGCAUGCCCCGUUAUUUGUCAUCAAGCCAGGCGCAAAUCCCUUGUCUAGAGAGGACCUGUUACUUGCAAAACGUAAUUAUCAUCGGCAGCUAUGUUCACAAUCUCCGCAUUGCGCAGUUUGCGUACCGUUCCAAACAUCCAUUAUUGUUGAAGAAAACAGCUUAUUGCGUAGCGACCCACAACUGGAAAGUUCAGAUGGUUCCGCAGAGAGUGAUAGCCCUGUUCCCACACAGAGUGAGGUGCUUAUUCCGCCAGCAGCGUUCGGCCAACACGGUAACAAAGAAGGCGUCAAUCCACCGGAGUUCUUCGAGACCCAGGAUUCAUCGGAUCUCGUUAAAUGCGUUAGGUGUUAUCUACGCGUCCACAAGUCUUGUUACGGAUUGAGUUCUUCUACUCCGGAGUGGACUGAAGGCGGUAGCAGCCGAGGAAGCGCGUGGGUAUGCGACGCUUGUAAUCAUGAAGCAUUGAGUGAAGCUUUUCAGUCACGGCGUCAAGCAGAACCUCAAUGCACACUGUGCUGCUUUAGAGGAGGUGCUCUCAAAAAGACUCUGGACGGUCGCUGGGCCCAUCUUAUCUGCGCAGUACUGAUUCCGGAUGUAUAUUUCGAGAAUUUUGAAGAAAAAGCUGGCAUUGAGACCAAACAGGUGCCAAAGGCUCGAAAAAGACUGCAAUGCUACCUUUGUAAAGAUCUUCCCAUGGCUCUAGCUAACAAAGGGGUCUGUGUGCAGUGCUACUGUGGUCGAAGUAUGCACGUCACGUGCUCUAUGGCCAGCGGGACGCAGUUUGACAUCGGUAUUUGGCCUGAGCCCGUCUAUGUUCGCUGCAGCGUGCACCGGCAACGUAAGGAGCAAGCCACAGCGGAAGACGCGCAGACGCCAGAGGCAAAGGCAGAAUUUUUAGAACUACAGCCUGGCUGUCAAGUGUAUGCGAAGCACAAAAAUGGACGAUACUAUUCAGGAACGCUCCAGAACUUCUUUUAUCACACCUAUCACUCCGUGCACUUCCACGAUGGUUCUACAACACAUGAUCUCAGCAUAGACUUCAUAUUUGUUAAACGAGACCCAUCAAGAGAUGACGAUGAUAAUUGGCGAGUAUGUUCGAAUGAUGACGUUCCGGAAUAUGGAACCGAUGUUGUGGUUCUGUGGCCGAGUGAUGGCCAGCGUUACAAAGGUCUCUACACUGGGAACACGAAAACACCAAUGUGCACUGUUGUGUUUGAGGACGAAAGCGCCUUGACGCUGCCACGAAAAUUCGUAUAUGGUGUCGACGAACACAUCCCGAAAAGAAUUGCUUCUAAAAUUUCGUUCGCUUCUGAGGCCGCCCACGAUGAUGGCACGUCUAUUGGGGUGACGGCAACCGAUAAUAAUGGUUCUUCGACCGGGUCAGCUACUGUCGCUUUGGGAUCAAAGCGAAAACGGGUGCCGUACAACCACUAUGAGGGCUUUGGCUAUAUCGACUUCAUGGAGGACUGAAUGUCAGUCGUUGUUCAAGCAUGUUGGCUACAGCUCAAAACAAAAUCAGCAAAACAGCACCUACCUUUUCCUGGUAGCAGUACUUGUAGUAAAUAAGAAGUCGUGCUCACUUAUACAUGUACAUGUGUGCACGUUGUCUCCUUUUUGAAAAUAAGUCAAAUAUGCUGUUAUAGGAAGGCAACUUUGCUUUAACUCAUUUUAUUAUCGAAAACUCUUAGACAAGGCGUACUUGCAUGUAUUUUCCCGGCAAAACGAAUCGAUUCUAUCAUGGGCGACGCUAACUGAAGGCACUAAUUCUAACCCUGAAGUUUUCGAGCUUAAUGGAGUGGAUGUAGCCGAGACACUCACAGUGGAGCAUGCCACAUAACGCAUCUAUGUAUAAACAUAUGAAUUUAACUGAGUACGUGCGUGAAUUCCGGAUACGAGGAAAUUGAUGAUCUCGGUGAAUACGGGAGUUUAUGUACAAGAAGUUAUUACACGAUAUUGCGUUACGACCAAAAUAAUAGUAAUACUGACUCCUACGAGGGACUGACGGUGGGCUGUAAGUGCUCAUGAAAACGAUCACUGUGUUAAUCGUGAGAUCUGGAACAAAAUAACUCGAGUAAUAUGUCAACAACAGAAUACAUGUACACCUGUCCGAUUAGUAUCUGUAUCUUUGUGUACAAAUCGCCGGAGAACCAACGGAAACGUCAAGAGGUCAUCAGCCCAUAUAUAUAGAAACACCGCCGUUCUAGGACAUAGAACGAGUACGCAGUCAUACAUUAUGCUAUAUGAUAGCGAAUUCGACUAUAAUAACAAAGGAAUUCAUUGUUUUGAUUUAAUUGGGUACCGUAUUGCUAUACUUAUUCUUCCGUACUGUUUUGCUAAUAAAAGGUCAAAUCCUUAACUAGAAGUUAUAUAUACAUAUAUUAUAAAGAGCGAUUAUAUUGAUUGAUUGAAUGGGAAGUGAGACGAAUUGAUGAUCAACUCAUUGGAUGAAAGAGUUAGGGUAUGCGGACCUUUGCAGCAACUGUUAGAAAGGUCUAUGUGGUUUAGGACAUGACAGACAAGUGCGAUUGUGCCCGUUAUCAACAUGCAAUGCGGGUCGUUAUUGCAAAAGGUUGUAUAUUAUGUUUUUCGAUAUUUAUUUAUUCUGCUGUCCUAUAGUACUACUAUCGCUUAUGCGUAUCUACGCCAUUAAACAGUUUACGGUACAGGUUCUAUGCUCAGUGACAACUGCAGAGAUGUACACAACCAAAUUAUUACAAGGUUAUACUUAGCAUCACGCAAUUACUAUCAAUACGCUAUCGAUAAGCAAAGUGUCAUAAUCUGUUGAUAACGGUCGCGUCUGAAGAAACUAACGUGUGGGCUGAAUGUGAUUUUGUGACGGACCGGUUAGGCGCUUAGAAGCAAGCGAAAGUUCGUAUAGGAAAAAUCAUAUUUAUCAUCCAAGACAUCAGGUUACAAAUAUGGCAAAAUAACUGCGUUUUUUGUAUAAAAGAACACAAAGGCGACAGUAUCUGUACGCUAAUUGGCUUUUUUACAAUUUUAGUCAGUUCUGAUAUUGUAACUUUGUACCAUAUUUGGAACCUUCUGGUCCUUAGCAAAUCCUUAGAAGUGAUAAUGAUUUGGAAAAAUUGAAAACAUAACUUCACGAGAGACGAAGCGGGCGAAGGGUUGGUAACGAAGAGAUCAAAACGUUACCUAAACUCGAUCGGUCGAUAUUCGGUCGUUAGACUCUGGUGUCCACAAUGGUAUUCAACCGUAUUAACCGCGUUCGUAAAAUAAGUUUUUUUUUAUCUGUCUCAUGAAGGAACCUCCACGAAGAUAAAAACGAUGAAAGAGAUGAGAAUUCUAUUGUAAGGUUAUCGGCGAGGUGUCAUUGGCUCUCUCGCCGUUAUCCCCCUAUAUGGGAAUUUUCAAAAUCAAAUGGACGUCAAUAUUGAAGAGAGAACAAACGUCAGUAGUGAACUGUGUUGUCACCCUCGCUUCUUCUCCCCUAUUUCUUAUUGCAACGACUAAUAGUAGCACAGUUACGGUAAUACUUGUUCUAACAGCUCUACUGUUUACAGCUUAUGAGUGAAAGAAUGGAUGUAGAAGUGCAUACGUUUAUCUGUGGGACUCCACAGUGUGUUUGUUGUACAUUUAAAUUAUUUCAUAGUUUUGUUUGUGAUUCUCAUCUCAUCAUAAUCAUAAUUCUAAGUGAAAGGCAUUGUAUUUAUUUCGAGGUGUACAUAUCUCUCACAGAGGCAGACAACCACUACAAGAAAUCCAGUAAUUAUAAUAAAGCAUCAUCAAGCCAAUAGCAUGUAUUUUCAUUUUAUAUUAUGCAUUCUAUACACAUUAUAUUAUGCCGUAACGUGGCUUUCGACGAUGGGUAUGGUUUGAAGCAGCGUUUGUUUGUCAUGAACACUUACUACCCAAUUAGGGAGCCGACUAAGGUCACGCAGAAUACGAGUGACACUUCCCGUUGACGGAGGUAACACUGAAACGAUUGGUAAAAAUAUUCGAAAAUACUUGUUCAUUCGCAUUGAAAAUAAAACCAGGAGUCAAAACAUCAGUGCAGUUCAACCACGACAACAUGACGUCUUGCUUAUGAACUCGGCUUAUCGACAACAAUUGCAGAUUCAGAGCCAUCAAUAAUAUCCUUUAUUCACUAGUCACAUGUUGGAUCUCAAGGUACCUUUUGCAACUACUGGUCAACAAUAGACAAAAUUGCCGCAUCCGGAGUUGAAAAAGCCUAACAUAAACGUCGAACAACGAUCUCUUCGAAUGUGACGAGCGGCACUCUCUUACACUCUACUUCGCCACGUUGGAUAUAUUAUUACAACUCCUGGGAUAGCCUCAGUGGAGGUAUACUGUUGAUUCGGAUCCAGCCCUGCGGUAGAGAAUUCCUGAAGGCAGGGGAUAUUAAACUCAGUUUGCUUAUUGAAGGGAUGUUGCUUAUGCUACAGAGAUCUUUCAGGCCAACGGUUUUCCUAGGAACUCGGAACAGAUGAAGUACUGCUUGUAUUUAUCUUGCUAUAAUUUGUAUUAAAGCAAAUUAGUGGGAAGAUGAUAUUACUGAUUGGGAAUUAGCAGCAUCACCAUAAACUUCGAUAUGUCGCACAACCGUAAAUAUUUGGGGUGGCUCCACGCGGAGUCUUCAAAACAUAGACAUGCAAUGAUUUGUUUAGAGCUAUGGCUUUUGUUGCAUUACAAAGAUGAAUCCUGUUUCUGAUGCAGGAUAUUGAAUUCGUUUUUAACACUAGAUGUACCGACAUUUGUUAUUUCUAUCCGAUUGGGAUAACUUGGUAGCUUUGUACGCACCGUCAGCCUAACGCUGGCGUGGGUGCAAUUAAAUUAAAGCCAAAGAGGUGUUGUGCAUAUAAAUUCGUGCGGUUUCUUAUUCCGCUCGGUUAAGAGUGACUGCAAUCGCACGUAGAGGAUACGGACUUUUACGACGGUUUUUUAAUGGUAACGGCCGUAAUAAUUGCAGCAAGCCCUUUCGUCCAUAGGGGUACAGGCUUUGUGGAUCCACAUUCUAUUGGUGCAACAGGCCCAUGGGAAGCCAACAAGCUGAUAUUGUACAAUGUCGGUCUGCUCAUAAAAGGGAAGACUGAAGUGACAUAUUUAUGCCGUAGACCCCUUUCUGAAUGAUUUCCUGCAUUAAUACGUCACAGCUCAGAUCCUGGGUCAUUAAUAUCCGGGAAAUAUAGGUUAUGAGUAAGCCUCGGGUCAAAUGCCUCUAAUAUUCCUCCUGUGCCCGACUAAACGUAGCCGAUCGUUAAUAAGCUUAAUGUUUUCAUAAUUUGAGCUUAGGGUUUCAACGGCUCAAAGUUCAAUGGCGUCGUAAUAUUCUUCAGUUACACAAACUUAUGGAAAAAUUCUAAACGCUUUACCUGCCUGCUGGUAGUAGGUUUAAUGUUUUCAAUUACCAUUAUGGAAGCAGGUGAAAUUUAGUUUUACGGGAGCUUAUUUCGUAUUGAACAUGAGAAGCAGAUGAGAUUUAUCCCAUAUAUUAAAACGUAUGGAAAGAUUUCAUUGAAGAAGCUGUUGAUCUUGUCGGCGGACCUGAAGAUGCUGUUGACACCGUAGGUGUACCGAACUUCAUUUCCGCCAUGUCUUCUUUAUCUAUAAUAUUCUUUCACUGCAUAAGUGAUUUUCUUGUUCAUCUGCAUAAUCAUGCUGAGGUGAUCGCUGCCACGCCUUUUUAACCGCAAAGCACACGUAUGUAGCUGUUUCUGCUGUUUAGCUGCAUCAACACCGACAUCAGCGCAUGGCAUUUCGCACCGACUGUCUGUAGCUAGGUUAACAAUAGCGCUUCAUCUGCUUUUUUUAUCAGAUCAAAUUCACUGAUGGGAUGCUAAUGUUCUUCUCUCUUUGAUAUCAAGCGCUUGAAAUCUGUAUCCAUCCUCACUAGGAUAAGAACGAUUAGUUACUUCCUUUUCUUCAAAAGGUUCGAUAUUUUAUUUUUUUUACGUGUUUUUAAGAU